AACAAAAGAGCUGUAACUCCAUUUGUCUCCUGUCUUCUUCCUCCUCCCUCCCCACUCAGAGCUCAUAGACUCUGGUGUGAAGUCUGUGCAUGCCCUGGGAGGGGAAUGGUGAGCAAGAACUCACGUGGAUAAGUGACAUCCAGAAGCUGUAAGUAUCUGCAAGUACCAGGUCUACACCAAAACCAAGGCAAAGCGAUGGCAUUAUCGCUGGAAGAGUUUGUCCACUCCCUUGACCUCAGGACACUCCCCAGGGUUCUGGAAGUCCAGUCAGGCAUCUAUUUUGAAGGCUCCAUUUAUGAAAUGUUUGGAAAUGAAUGUUGUUUGGCAACGGGAGAUGUGAUUAAAAUUAUUGGUCUCAAAAUUAAGAAGAUCACAGCUGAAAUUUGUGAACCUAUUGAAGGUUGCAAGUCUCCAGAUUCAUUUGAGCUGCCUAUGAAUUUCCCAGGCCUUUUUAAGAUUGUGGCUGAUAAAACUCCAUAUGCUUCCGUGGAAGAAAUUACUAGAACCAUUAAAAUUGGACCAAGUCGAUUAGGACAUCCUUGUUUCUAUCAUCAGAAGAAUAUAAAACUAGAAAAUUUCACCAUAAAGCAGGGUGAGCAAAUCAUGUUCAAUUCAGUCGAAGAGAUUAAUGGAAAAAUAGUGGUGAACUGUGGAGUAGUAAGGAAGCAUCAAAAUCACUCCUUCACUCUGCCUUUGUCCAAAGAAGGAGAAUUUUAUGAGUGUGAAGAUGAACAUAUUUAUACUCUAAAAGAAAUUGUUGGAUGGAAGAUUCCCAAGAACAGAGCACGAAUUGUGAAGCUUACAGAUAUUUCAAAUAAGUGGGAUUCAACAAACCCACUGCCUGAAGAUUUUCGUGGUGCUCUGAUUCUCAAGCCUGUUUAUGAAAUUCAAGCUGUGAUGAAAUUCCGAAAAGAUAUAGUCCGCAUCCUACCCAGUUUAGAUGUGGAAGUCAAAGAUAUUACUGACUCUUAUGAUGCUAACUGGUUCCUCCAGCUGUUGUCUACAGAAGAUCUCUUAGAAAAGACCAAUAAAGAUUUCCCCAUUGUGGCUGAAGUCAUAGAAGUGCCCAAAGGAAAGAAGCUGCCAAGAAGGAUCCUGCAGCCGGGGAAAACCAUUGUGAUUCACAAAAAACACCAGGUUGCACGGAUCUUAGCCUCCGAAAUCAGGAGCACUUUUCCUAAGCGACAUUUCUUGAUCCCCAUGAGUUACAAAGGCAAAUUCAAGCGGCGACCCCGGGAGUUUCCAACUGUCUAUGACCUUCAGAUAGCAACAAGUGAAAAGGAGCCCCUGCAUGUUGUGGCCACCAAGGCCUUCCAUCCACUGCAUGAUCAGUUGUCAGCUGUGUCUGUCGGGGAUCAGUUUCUCGUGCAUCAGUCAGACACAACUGAAGUCCUCUGUGAAGGAGUAGAAAAAAUGGUGGCUGUUCUGGCAUGUGAAAAAAUCCUCAAAACGUCCUAUGAGGCAACUCUGCUCCCUUUGUACAUGGAAGGGGGUUUUGUGGAGGUGGUUCAUGACAAGAAACAGUAUCAGAUUUCUGAGCUGUGUGAACAGUUCCGACUGCCCUUCAAUGUGAAAGUGUCUGUGAGAGAUCUUUCCACUGAAGAAGACAUUUUGGCUGCUAUGCCUGGACUGCAGUUGGAAGAAGAUAUCACUGACUCUUAUCUAAUCAUCAGUGACUUUGCGAACCCCAAGGAGUGCUGGGAAAUUCCUGUUGCCCGUGUGAAUAUGACUGUUCAGUUAGUUAGCAAAUUGUCAAGUGACCCAGGAUCACUUUUGAUCAGGAGUGUGGUAGAAGAGAUUACUGAAGAACAAUAUUACAUGAUACGGAGAUAUGAAAGCUCUCUCUUGCACCCCCCACCUCGUCCUCCCAAACAUCCCUCAGUGGAAGAGACAAAAUUAACUCUGUUAACUUUACAAAAUGAAAGGACAAUGGAUCUGCCUAAGUCUCCCAAGAGUCACUGUAGAGAGAUACCCAGGAAACUUCACUCAAAUCAAGGUGACCUGUAUUCAAAAACACCCGCUGGUUGUCAGGAUGACUUGGACGAUGUGCAGAGAGAGAAGAAGAAGCAAAGUGUAACCCAGUGGUAGGCAUCAUUAUAACUGCAGUUCAUAUAAUCCACAAGACAGUGUUUCUAACAACUUGCACAAAAAAGGCACAGUAUUUGGAUUCUUACUACCAUUUUAUUUGGAAUGUAUGAGUUGUCUAAGUGUCCAGUGGAACUGAAAACCUAAGUGGUAUCAAGUGCUAGGUGAAGUCUGAUACUAAAUACUCAUUCCAGAAAUAAUACUGCUCACUGUUUUCCAUUAUUGGAUUUUUCUUCCUGCUAUGGUUUUGAUGGAAGUAUUGUAAGACUGCUUGUAUUGUCAUAAUAAUAUUUUUCUAUUUUCCUUAGACCAAUGAGCAAAAAGGAUUAAUGGCUUAAGAAGAGGUUAAAAUGCCUGCAAUGAUUUUAAUUUAAAGAUGUGUCAGCCAAGUAACCAAAUAUAGUUUUGAAUUAUGAAGGGUUAGCUUACAGAUAUAGCGAUCUGAUAUAUUUUAUCUCUACCAAGCACAAAACAAGAACAAGAAGAAGCGGAUUUGUGGAGGAAUUGACAGCAAAAAUUGAGCUACUUAGGCUAACUUCCUUAGCAUAGAAAUCUUAGAUGAGUUAACCAGGAAAUAUGAAUUUUCUUUCUUGGUGAUAUUUUUGAUACAUGAAAUCAACCCAGUUUCUAUUACAUUUUAUCUUUGAAACUUCACAUUUCGUUUGUAGGGAAAUUGAAACUGUAAUUAUUCUUAAGCAUAUGGUCUGUUCCGUUUCCUUCCUUAUUUGGUUUGUUACUAGCACACAUUUUUUUUUCUCCAAGGACAUGUAAAAGUCAACAUACUAGAUAUAAAGUCUCUGAAGUGUUUCUGCUUCAAGCCAGGUCUGCACAAUCUGGGUUCUUUCAAGUAGUUAGCUUACCAGCUUCUGACACUCCUACAAAAAUACCCCAUAGAGCUUUUCUUAUUACCUUUUCAUUGACUUUCUUCAAGUAAUAAAAAAUGAAAUUCUGGAAAGGUCUUUGAAAACUGUGCAUAUUGCAAUUCUUCCACAUUUCAAAUACUAAGCAAGUAGGACUAUAGAAGGGACAAUCUCUGCCAUGAAAAUGGCUGCAGUGUGUUGAGUCUCAUGCCGUUAUUAAUUCAUUGGGAAACUUAUUUUUUCUUUAAGAUUGUAGAUCCUAAACAGUGCCAGAUAAGACAAUUCUUGAGAUCAAAGUUCUUGUUUCAACUACAGGGGAACUUGCGAUCUUGUCUUUGCUGUGUGGGCAUCUUUUUGGUUGGUACUGCAGUGACUCUAGCUUUGCACCUUGAGUGAAUAUGCAGAGUGUAUGAGAGACCAAGGCAGCACCUGCUUUCAAUGGAUUGCCUGUGAAAAGGACUAGUAUUAAUGACAAUGACGAUCUGAAAUGAAAAUAGCAGUUCCAGGCAAGUAAGAUUCCUAACUUCAUUUAAGAGAGCAAAAUGUUCUCUCCUUUUUAAGACAAAUUUCAAUAGACGUUUACUAAGAUUUUAUGUAAUAUUUCAAAUCUUUGCUCUCGGCAUUUUAAAUGUAAUAAAUUAUAGAUUUUUCUUUGUUAUUAAUCCUGUAAGUGUAGUACAAAUCCAUACAUAAGCACAAGAAAGUAGAGAAGACAAGCAAUACAAUUUUCAAAUUUAAUUUUGUCUUGUGUAAUAUAGUAUAUUUCUUGCACUGGAUAAAGAAUCAUUUGACUCAUGUUUAACACUGAACAUGCUUGGUGUGGAUAGCUCAUCUCUGUAUACCCAUUGGCCUCUUUUGACUUCAGGAUGGGAAAAUGAGCAGUUUUCUGAGCUUUCCCUUCUUGUCAGUGCUUAGCCAUAUGGUCAAUCAUUUUUUACAUUUCCUUUUGGCGGAGGUUGCAGUGGCAUAACCUUUGUAGUAUAUCAUAGACUGAGGAAGGGAAAAGUAAUAGGUUAAGUUCGGAGCCUACUAUAUUAUUUCAGCUAAAGUGGAAGCUUUCAAAUAUGGACCUAAAGAUUAUAUUAAAACAAUGUCUUUAUUUUUGUAUUCACUGUAUACAACUCAAGAAUUUGCUAUGAAUGAACAUGAGUCCUGUAGCAAGAAUUGACUCAAUUGCAUCCAGGAGUGUAACAAACAACAUAAAUCAGAACAGAUGCUGUGGGUCUCCACACGCUCCUCAAUAGGAAGUUGAUGAAAACAUUUGUUCAGAAGUUUGAGAUGGCCUUUCUCUGCAGGUCUUUGAUUCACUCUGGUUGCUUGGUGAUACUGAUGUCUUAUUUUAGGAAUGUUGUUAUUAAUACUACACACUGUUUUGACCAUAGAUAUCUAAGGCAGCAGUUCUUUGAAAAUAAAUUUGUAACUGGCAGUAUGGUAAAGUUCAGACCUUUGGAUUCUGAGCUGAGAGUUCUGGGUUAUUCUGAGCUAUUUUCAAAUUAUAUAUGUGUUAAAUGGAAACAUUUGCUUUAAGUUAUUUAUGUACCAUUCCUUGGCUUGUUUUAUAUUGGUACUAUUGACCACAGGUUAAAAAAAAAAAAGAAUGCACUGUUGAGAACAACAUCUGACGCAGGGUGGAUGAGGUCUGAACCAAAGGAGAACCUGAGUUACAAUAGCAACAAAGGCGUUCAGCAUAGGCAUCCCACAGGGACCUCUAGACCUUGCAAUGUUCAUUUCGAGUUAUCCUGUAUUGGAGGGUGAGCAAAGAGUCUUUAUAAUCUUUGUGUCUGUCAAUCAUUGGAUGCAGGUGUCCCAACAGUUACAGGCAAAGCUCUUCCUUCAGUCAAGGGCAAAGUUAUUCAGUGAAAGGGCAUUAUUACUUAGUUGUGUGCAGGAUCUCAUUAUUAUGUGCGUCGCUCAUUAAUGGUGGCAGUUGCCGCCCAGCUAAAAAGGGAGCUGUUUUCCUUUUUCUUUCUUGUGUGACCUUCCAGAAACUGAAGUGUUUCCUGGAAAAGGUAACCUUUCAAAUAAGUUUAUUUGUUUCUGCCUGACACAAAUAUUCUUUAUUAAGGAAAUUUUAUAUUCUCCUAAUCUAUGUACUCUUCUGCAGUUUGCUUUCUUUUUGAAUCUCAACAGUGUUCUUUCAAUUAUUCCUACAUCUUUAUACUAAAUCUUCACCACUGUUGUCCUCAUACAUUAGUCUACUCAGUGAAAGGAACGCUGGACUAGAAAAUGAAGCAAAUGUGCUCUGGACUUUAGAACAGCCUAGGCAUGUAGCCUUUCACAAACCAUUGCAUUUCUCUGAUUUUGACUUUCUUCACCAAGAUGGAAGGACACCAGUUACUCCUUAUGCCCUAUCAAUUCGGAACGCCUGUGAUUCAUGGCAUAUUCUCAUUAAAGCCUCAAGAUUGUUGAACUCAAAUCAGCUCAUCUGUAAGUAAAACUCACAGAUGAUGCACUACAUGUGUGUUCCUGCUUUGUUUUGGUAAAUGAGAGUAAACAAACUUUAUGAAAGCCCUUCACUGAGGCUAAGCAGAAGCCAGAAGAGAAAAAUGAAGAAUGGAGCUGUAGAUAAAGAAAUUUAACUUUGCUUAAUCAAUAAGUUAAAUCUGUAAUGGAUAUUAUAUUUGUAUCAUAGGAAAUGAAACCCAUCAGUUCUGUAUCUGUACUAUAUUUAGGAUUAGACAUGGUGAGGAUUCUGUAGUAAAGAUUUUGAAUCAUAGCAUGUUAUCAAGAGGUUGGUACUUUACAUGUCAUCAUAAAUGCAUUUUUGUCCAUUUUAAUAAAGUGAUAACUUAAUAAUUCAGUGUUCUCAGUGAUACUCUAAAUUCAAUCAUUACUUAUCUCCAAAGACUAGUUAACCUGUUAUUUAAAAAUUUUAAUUGGAGUGGGACAGUGUUGGGGAGCCUUUGUUUUUUACCUAACAAAGGGCCAUCUGGAUACUUACAAUAAUCAGGUUAGCUUUCUGUAAAAAUGUUCAGUCCCUCCAUUGGUUCCUUUGGUGAUACCAGAUUAACUGAUAAGGGCCAGUGGCUGGGAAGUUCCCAAUCCUUGAGCUUGGACAAGGUAAGUUGCUCCUUGCAACACCAGCAGCCAAUACUGGAGUGCUAUUCUGAUUCUGAUCCAGGUCCCUGGCAAAGCGUCUGGCCAGGCAGCACACAAUGAUGCGAGCAUUUGUGUCCCUGCUACUCAUAUUUAUCCAGAUGGAGUUUGUGGCUCCUGGCUUUGGGCCUGUCCGAGCUGUAACUAUUACAAAAAGUAUUAGUAAACUCAGAAAAGAACCAACAGGAAGAAGAGCUCUCUUUCUCUGUCACUGUCUUUCAAAUCAAUCAAUACAUCUUAAG